CAUGUAGCAUUUCUCUUUACACUAUGGUAAAACUUAAUCAGAUGGUCAAAGAAAUGGCAAUUUUGUGUGGAGAAAACUAACAAGAACGUUUGUCUCUGCAUGCUUGCCACUUGUACCUGAUGAAACUCCAUGAUCUCACUUCUUUCACUCCUCACUCAUUCCACAUCCAAAUGUCAAGUUUUUACACAAUCUACAUCACUAGGAGUCUAGGACUUCUCACUUCAGUCUGACACCUGGGUCCUGACUCCUUUCAACUCUCUCAGCCCAGCUUCCCCAGCCAAAAUAGCCUCACUUUGCACCACAACCAGCAGGCACCACCAUCUCUGUCUUUCGCCAUGGCUCUCUCUUCCCUUCUCUCCAAACCUUGCAUUUCUCUCCUUUCCGCCAAACCCUCUCCCGACAACAAAAACAACAAAAUUUCACCAACUUCAUUCACUCUUUACCGUUCUCUCAAAAGUAAACAAUCUCGCGUAACCAAACCAGCCACUCUAUCCAAAACCCACAAACUGUCGUGGCAGCAAGAACUCAAACAAGCAUUUCAACAACCCAAAAGCCAGAACUUACAAACAAACAAUGAUAGCAUCGAUUGCAACAUUGAUGAUAUUGAUGAUGAGUCCUUUCAAAAAUUGGUUGACAAGAGAUGUGUAGACAAUGUAAGAAUGCUAGUAGUAGAUGCUGUUCAAAGUGCACAAGCAGGUCACCCUGGAAUGGCACUAGGGAUGGCUGAUAUUGGAUAUUAUUUAUACAGACAUGUUAUGAGGUAUAAUCCAAGAGACCCCAAGUGGUUUAACAGGGAUAGGUUUGUUUUGAGUGCUGGUCAUGGAUGUUUACUUCAGUAUGUUUGCCUUCAUCUUGCUGGGUUCGAAUCUGUUCAGCUAGAAGACCUGAAGCGCUUGUGUAAACUUGGGAGUCGCACCCCAGGUCACCCGGAGAAUACAGUAACAGAUGGGAUCGAAGUCACAACAGGCCCUCUUGGUCAAGGAGUCGCUAACGCGGUUGGUCUUGCCCUAGCGGAAGCUCACUUGGCUGCUAGAUUCAAUAAGCCUGAUUGCGAUAUUGUUGACCAUCGGACAUAUUGCAUCAUGGGGGAUGGGUGUGCCAUGGAGGGAAUAACGCAUGAAGCUGCAUCUUUGGCUGCACAUUGGAAGCUCCACAAGCUCACAAUGAUUUACGAUGACAAUCAUAAUACCAUUGAUGGACCGAUUAGCCUGGCAUUUUCUGAAGAUAUAUCCGCUCGAUUCAAGGCUCUUGGUUGGAAUACAAUCACAGUGGAUAACACACAUGAUGAUAUGGAUUCAUUCAACGAUGCUCUUCUCUCCGCUUUUGGUGACACUGAAAAACCAACUUUCAUAAGAGUGAAAACGUUGAUAGGGAGAUUGUCUAGAAAGGAAGGGACAUCGAAAGCUCACCAUGGAACCUUUGAAGAAGAUGAUGUGAAGCAAAUGAGGCAGAAAGUUAAAUGGGAUAGUCGGGAGCCAUUCCAUGUCAUUCCUAUGGUCUAUAGGGAAAUGCAAGUUCAGACAGAUCACGGAGAAAAAUUGGAGAAAGAGUGGUUCUCUAAAUUCGACUAUUUCAAAACCAAUUAUCCUGAGGAGGCUGCAGAAUUUGAAGUUCUUCUUAGUGGUGGUCUGCCUCCUAACUGGGAAAGCUGCUCACCGGAGUGGUCUGUAACAGACCCAGUGGAUGCUACUCGCGGGUACUCCGAAAAGUGCUUGAAUCAACUUGUCAAGGUGCUUCCAGGACUGAUUGGUGGGAGUGCUGAUCUUGCUUCUUCUAACAAAGUCUAUCUCCAGGGGUCCCAAGACUUUCAGCAUAGCUCCUUCUAUGGUCGCAACAUUCGCUAUGGAGUACGAGAGCAUGCAAUGGCAGGAAUUUCAAAUGGAAUUGCAUUGCAUAAAAGUGGUCUAAUCCCUUUUGCAGCUACUUUCCUUAUAUUCUCAGACUACAUGAAAAACUCAAUCCGCCUUUCUGCCUUGAGCCAUGCAGGAGUAAUAUAUAUCAUGACUCAUGACUCUAUUGGUCUCGGGGAAGACGGCCCAACUCACCAGCCAAUCGAACAGCUUGCUGGACUUAGAGCGGUACCACGGCUUCUAGUUUUCAGACCAGCAGAUGGAAAUGAAACUGCUGGUGCGUACAGAGAGGCUAUGACAAAUAGAGAUGCACCUAGUGUCAUUGCAUUAUCAAGGCAAAAGGUGGCAGCAAACUUAGAAGGAACAUCAGCAAACGAAGUUGAAAAAGGAGGAUACAUUAUAAGUGACAAUUCUGGUAAAAGCUUGCCAGAUAUCAUAUUAAUCAGUACCGGUUCUGAACUAUGUCUUUGUGAAGAGAGUGCUAAGAUGCUAAGGAAAGAAGGGAGGAAAGUGAGGGUUGUUUCUCUUGUUUGCUGGCAACUUUUCAACAGGCAGCCAAAAGAGUACAAGGAGCAUGUAUUGCCAUCGAGUGUUUCGAAGCGCAUUAGCGUCGAGGCUGGAUCCUCAAUGGGUUGGAGUGAGUAUGUAGGUAGAGAAGGUAUAGUUAUGGGCGUGGAAGAGUUUGGGGCUAGUGGAGCAUAUUUGGACACAUUUAAGAAGUUCGGUUUCACUGAAGAGAAUGUAACUAGGGUUGCAAAGUCAUUGCUUUCUCAGUAUUAGUACCAUAGAACAGAAGGUAUACAACUUCAGUUCUUCUUAGAAACACCAAGAAACAUCUGAUAUUUCUCUUUGAAUUAAAUGAGGAGUUCGUGAGGAAAUAAGAAUGUUACAUGGUAAAGUGAAAAAAAUCCUGCCUUUAGAUCAUUUAGCUGCUAUUAUCAGGUUAACUGCAGUUUUCUCAAGAAGGGUGGGUACGUGAUAUUCCAAAAUUACUUGUGGCCUUGUCCAAAUGAUAAGAAAUGACACCAAAAAAAGUAAAAAUAUCUGAGAAUGUCACUGUUAUCCCACAUUUUCAGCUCUCCAAAUGGUCAAGGGACCUUAAAUUCUUCAGAAAAUUGUAGCCUUCAGGCUUCAAGGGUCAUGCAUGCCUCAGGCUUUCCCUUGUUUUACUCCAAACCACUAAUAGCAACCUGUCCCAGAUAACCGCAGCUCUUUGCCCUACUAUAGGCAAUAACAUCACCUAUUUAUUAACCUAAUAGUCCAUUCAAAAUUUGCUGAGUCUCAAAAGAAAAUGGCCAUCAAGAAAAUCGUCGCCGCCUUCCUCAUCUUGACAUUUCUUGUCAUGGUAUGUGCAGUCGAUGACCCAUUGACAACAUGUGUCAAUAGCUGUCUUCCACAAUGCAUUGAAACUGCACCAAGUUCAUUACGGCCUAAAUGUGAGGCAGCCUGCCUGGAAUUUUGCACAGCUCAUUGAGACUCUGUUACUGUGGACUACCCGAAAGCAUUUCGCAAGAAUCAGAACAGGUAGAUAAGUCUGCUAGUGCUGUACAUUCAAACCUGUUUUUUUUUUCAGGUUUAAUUGUUGUUUAUGUCUUGUAAGGUUGCAAAAUCUAGUUCGAUGCAGCUCACUAGAGUAUUUGGAUUAUCAUCAUCAUUUCUUUUCCUUUCAUGUUGGUGAUAGAACAUUUCGCGAGCCUUCAUCUGGGCUAUAUAUGCAAGGAAAUCUUUUUGUGUAACCAGCUUCUUUAGCACACCAUUAUUAAUCUCAUUGCUAAUUGUUGAAAAAAUAUUAUAAAAAGACGAUGUGAAUUUAUGUUAACCAAAUUCUUCUGA